AUGUCGUCCAGCUCCAACCUCAACCCGGCGAUCCCGCACAUAACAUUCACAGAGCCAUUCGGCGCAAACGCCAACGGGGGACGUCAGCAUGCCCAAGCAGAAAACGAGAGACAACCACUGCUCGCGCCGACGGACUUGCACGAAGGAGACCACGAUAGGGAGGCCCUCAGUGACGACGACUAUCCGGACAGAGAUGGGCUGUAUCCCCCGAAUUGUACGUGGACGAGCGACCAGCCGCAUCCGCCCAAGGGAGCAGAUCCCUAUGAGAAUUCGAGGUGUAAUGUCUACGAGAAUAUUCACCGCAUUCGACGAGAUAUCAUCAAUACGAUAGAUGACCCUUACUCGCUGGAGCAACUCAAGGCUCCAAGAAUGAACAUCACGGUCGUGCGACCAUUCGUCAAUUCGUUGUACGAAAAGAAAGAUCUCUCGGUUGUGUAUUGCCUGCUGGUCAACCGCGUCCAAUUCAUCCGGGAACAAUCAUAUGCGGCACAUCAUCAAACGGUGAAUCUGACGCGUGCGCUCCUCUGCGAAAUGAUCGCGGAGAAGAUCCUCCGGAAAUACAACGAGGACAAUCCAGGUCCGCGCGGCCUGCUCAAACUGGCCAACAUCCUCGUAGCCGGCUUCGAGCCCUUCCAAGGCGCCCCCGAAGAAGUGACCAAGAACAACCUGCACGCCAUGCAGUGGGUAUCGUCCCAGAACGGGCGGAGUGGGAAGGUCGAGCGGACGCUGACCGCGCUUGAAGUCGCGAUCGUCAGUGAGAGCAAGAGUUUCCUCGCCAGCAGCGCAUCGCAGAAGGUCGUGGAUGCGAUUUAUCGUGGCAAGAUUGUUUAUUCCCCGACUAGCUUUAUCGACAUCAUCCCCGAUCGCUGGAAGAAGAGGCCUAUCUCGUUGUAUGAUCCAAGAAGAGGGCCGAUUUUAAAUCAGUACCGACUGAUUGUGCCGAGGACGAGGAAUAUCGUCGAAGUGGUUCAGUUUAUGAUUCUGCUUGGUCUGUAUAUUGCGGUCAUGGUGGGAAGAGAAUCCCGGAUGACGACGGAAUUUCACCCUGUGGAAGCUGUCUUCGAUAUCUAUGCCGCUGGAUGGGUCCUCGAUCAAUUUGCCUCCAUUCUUGAACAUGGGUGGGGAGUUUACAGUCAAAACUUGUGGUCCUUCUUGGAUGUCAUGUUUGCGACGAUAUUCAUGGUGUAUCUGGUACUGCGCUUGCAUGCCAUGACCAUCAUAAACGAGGAACAGUCUACCUUAUUGGCUCGCACUGCGCUGGAUGUUCUUAGCUGUGCGGCUCCGGUCUUGAUACCUCGAUUGGCUUUCAACAUCAUGUCCGAGAACGUGCUGUUUGUGUCGUUGCGGGCGAUGAUAUCGGACUUCGUGACGCUUUCGGCACUCGCGGUCUGGUGUUUUGCUGGAUUCUUGUUGAGUUUGAAAUGGUUGCACAAUGGUGCUCACCAGUCAAUAACGAUCUCCAAAUGGAUGGUCUGGAUAUGGUUUGGCUUAGAUGGAACUGGUAUUGACGAAGCGCCCGACUUUCAUUGGUUUCUUGGUCCAAUGCUCAUGGUCCUCUUUGCAUUCCUGGGCAAUACGUUAUUCCUAACCAUUCUUGUCUCGAUGUUGUCCAAUACGUUCAGCGGUAUUGUGUCUAACGCAGUACAAGAGAUCCAAUUUCGCCGAGCUGUUCUUACAUUCGAGGGCGUCAAAUCCGACGCCAUCUUCUCAUACAUGCCGCCUUUCAACAUCUUGGCACUGGUCAUCCUACUCCCCCUGAAAUGGAGUAUGUCAGACCGAAUGUUCCAUAAGAUCCACGUCGCAGCAGUGCGAACGCUGAACUUACCAACUUUACUUCUCGUCGCAUGGUACGAAAGGAGGACUUUGUGGAUCACUGAUAAGAGGAGAAAAUAUGGCGGCAAAAGAAUCGACUGGAAGAAUACCCAUGGUCCGAGUGUCACACAUGCCCAAUUCUGGUCCAUUUCGAGAUUUAGCGUACAUGGAGAUCUUCACGCGGUUUUCGAAGCUGAUCCUCCACAAUCGGUACUGGACAAGAUCAUCAAGGAUGACAACUUCGAGCCUGGUGAUCCACUCGGUGAUCUCACACGAGAUAGGCUGAAUGCUCAUUUCGGGCACUCAUCACGGCAUAACAGUGUUGCUGUCGAGGAGCCUCGCAAAGAACCAACUAAAGAACCAGUGACAAAGAAAGAGCAGCUGAAAGAUGAGACAUUGAAAAAGGAGUUUGCAGACUCAAGUGAUGAGGAGGAAGUAGAUCAUCCGGCUGGAUACCGAAAACCUAGACGUGGAGAAAGGAUGGAUUCCAUGAUCGAUCUUAGCGACACAGACCGCGAUAGCAGAUUGCUGGAAGCCACGGCACGACUCCAUAAGAUGGAAGAAGCUAUGGCAAGGAUGGAGACGAUGAUCGCGCAAUUACUCGGGGAUGAUGGAAGCUCAGAACCAGAUAAGCAAGAGCCAACCUCAGGGAAGCCAGAUAUUGAAGGUUGA